ACCGCCGCGCCGUUUCCCAUCCCGUGGCACACAUCAACGAACAGUCAAUGGGACAAAUGGCCUCGGGCACCUCCAGUAAGCUGACUCUGUGUCUCGGCUUUCUCGGGCUUCUCUCAAGUUGGGAAUGACAAGAUGACGGAGGUUGAUUGUCCUACAGGUUACGUCCUGACCGGAUGCUCGGGGAAAAUAUAGGAUAAUCGUUAUACCCGAGAUGGGGAGGCCGUUUACAUCAAGAAUGGGACCCCCUUUUGUCAGACAUAUGAAGGGAGUCAUGCAACUGCACCUGAUCAGGCGAUAGCGAGAUGUUGUAAACUGACAGGCCUGAAGUGUGACUACCGGAAGUCAGGGGUCUCACAAGCAGUGCUGGACCAGCGGCUGGAGACCCGGUGUCUCAACAGCAUGUUCGCUACAGGUUGUACGGCUCGCAACAGCAACGAGCUCACCGAUGGAGCGUUUCCUUCUGCCAAUUCGUGUUUUGCACAGAAUUCUGAAAACAAUGGCGGUGUAACGUCCUAUGCCAUGUGCUGUUCAACCCCUAAUCUCACCUGUCAAGUGAAGACGUCCAAACCCACGGGCAACAAAUUAGGGGACGAGGCCGGUGUUUCAUGUGACUCGGGAUGGGAGAUCAUGGGCUGCUCAGGAUUUUCUGAGGAUGGCAAAGUAGGAGGAGCGUUUAUUAAAGCGUCUUUCUCUAGCCCUGACGAGUGCGUGGCGUAUAAUGGAGCCGAGAGACUGAACGGAGAGACGGGGGUCACAGCCUACGCCACGUGUUGCAAAACUCACUGAUGGAGUUGUAAUAAAGACAACAUCACUGGGA